AUGUCAGAGAACCUCUUCUAUCUAUCACAGCCAAUGCGACCCCUUACCGCAGAGCACUUUAACGGCCAUUUGGCAAGCGACCAAACCUCAACAACCCCUCUCUCAGGGGACGCACAAGCGAUCAAAGAUGGUUUCGACCAUCUGGGAGGAUCGACUGACCCUAGGAGUGGUUUUGGAAGGAUACCCCAAUCUUCUCCGCCCGAUUCCAAAGGGGAUCUGAACACCGGCGUGGAUACGCCAGAUGCGGGUAGCGCUGCGAAACCACAACCCGUCGCUGUUUUCCCUUCGGGUCCGACGAAUGCAUCCCCGACCAGUGAACCGUCAAGCAAUCCAGUCAUAACUACUCCCAACCCCGCGAUCCCAUUGACUCCAGGCGGCCAAGCAAUCAAAGAUGGUUUCGACCAUCUGGGUACGGCUGGUGACCCUCGGACAGGACUUGGAAAGAUUCCUACUCCCCCUGAUUCGAUUCCGCCAACGAACCACCCGACCUCUCCAAGUGCUACCCAGCCAGUUGACGCAGUCCCAACAUCAGACUCGAAAAGUGAACCAUCUGUUGCAGUAGAUCCCAAGACAGCCCCUUUAACUCCAGACGGCCAAGCAAUUAAAGAUGGGUUCGACCAUUUGGGUACAGCACAUGAUCCCAGAAAAGGACUCGGAAAAAUUCCUCCUCCCCCUUCUUCGGGUGUCGCCACUGACUCAAGCGUCCAACCUCAGCCAUUGAGCGACGCGACGUGGUAG